AUGCCAGUGAAAUGUUGUUUCUACAGGUCACCAGCCACAGAAGUAACGGCAUGGUCUGAAAAUAUGGACACACUUUUAGCCAAUCAAGCUGGUCUUGAUGCUUUUCGAAGAUUUCUAAAAUCAGAGUUUAGUGAAGAAAACGUCGAGUUCUGGCUUGCCUGUGAAGACUUCAAGAACACAGAAAGUGCAGAAAAAAUUGCUUCGAAAGCAAGAAUGAUUUAUUCUGAAUUCAUUGUAGCUGAUGCCCCUAAAGAGAUUAACAUUGACUUUAGUACAAGAGAUGUCAUCUCCAGGAACAUUGAAGAGCCGACGGUCAGGUGCUUCGAUGAGGCUCAAAAACUAGUCUACAGCCUCAUGGCCAAGGACUCCUUCCCUAGAUUCCUAAAGUCAGAGAUUUACAGGAAACUGGUAAAUAGCCAACAGGUUGGAACUCAUAAAAAAUGGCUCCCUUUCUUGUGA